AUGCGAGACCCUGCGAUCAUCCUCACUUCCACUGGAGGCACACGGGAGGAAUGGGUCUGCGUCCAGGCAGGAUGCGAGAAGGCGCAGGGGAUCCAUUUCGAGCAGGCUUCGUCUCACAUUGUAUCCGCUCGUCACAAGGAGGUUUUGCGGAAGGAGAGUUCAGCAACACGUGUCGGCACGUUCCCUCAGAAGAUGAUAUCCUUCAAGAAGGAGCUCCUGGCGGUGGUCGUUCGCUGGGGUGGCCUGGAGUUCCUGCUGAUAGCAUCAUACAUCCCGGCUCAGGCGGUGAACAGGAGUAGUUUCUACAGAGACAGCCUGGAGCCGUUUCUGCAAUCCCUGCCGGUGUUUCACCACAUUCUGGUGAUGGGUGACCUCAAUGUGGUCGAGGAUCCGGACCUGGAUCGCACCUCACAGGCUGGCUCCUCGGCAGAGAAUCACCGCCUCUUGAGCUGCUGGAGGAAUACGGACCUGCGGGAUGCUUUCAGACAUAUCCACCCGGACAAAAGGGAAUACACCUUCUUUGCAAGAGCAACGAGGUCCAGCUCAAGGAUAGACAGGGCACUAAUCUCACAACCACUGCUGAGCAAGCUGGUAGAGGCGAGGCAUGUGGCGAUUACCAACGGAAUGACUGAUCACUGGAGCGGGAUAGGGGUGGUGCUGGAGUCGGCGGAGGCUGUGAAAAACGGGCCGGGCAUCUGGAGGUUACGGGCAGAUCAUACACAGAAGCAAGGAGUACAGAAAAUCAUCAAAAAAAUCAUCGAGGAAUCAGCAGGAGCAUCAGUUGACGAGCUGCUGGAGAGACUAACCACAUGCUUGAAGGCAUACUCGAGGGAAGAAAGGAAACGAGAGAAGGCCACGCAACUCCAUCUCACCAGGGAGGUGGAACGGUUAAGGUUGCGUGUGUCCAGAUACCCGCACUGCCAACGAACGGGGAGGACUCUACUUCGGAAAGAGGAGCUGCUGGAGGCAUAUGAGAGGAGCCAUAAAGAACAGUUGCAGUUAUGGGCAGGCAUCGAAGCGGAGAUGGACGGGGAGGUGGCGUCGGGCACUCUAUCGGCGCAAAUCAAGACUCGCAAGGCAAAAACAACAAUUCGGGAGGUAGCGCGGAACGGGAGCCUGUUCUCGGGGGUGAAGGAGGCUCUCUCGGCGGCGACAUCUCACUUUCGUGAUGUCUUUGGGUGUGUCAGCAGCAGCGCGGUACCUGCCACAGAAGAUCAUCCCAUGCAACGGCGAUUGGGGGAAGCAAGUAGAGGAGCGCUGAGUGCACCCUGGACGGAGGACGAGGUUCGGAAAGCAAUACGGGAACUUGCCCCAAGGAAAUCACCGGGCGCUGACGGGCUGCCUAAAGAGCUCUUCGAUUACAACUGGGGGCUGCUGGGACCAGUGCUGAUGGACCUGGUGAGGAUUUUCACGGGCGGAGAGGCGUUGCCGCACACGGUCUCAACAGCUGUGACCAUCCUGCUGCAUAAGAAGGGGGAUAAAGGCGACCUGGGGAACUAUCGGCCGAUAACGCUCCUUAGUACGGUUUACAAAAUCAUAGCAAAGGUGAUGGCGAGCCGGCUCAAGGUGGUGUUGCACGAGGUCAUCUCGGAGGACCAAUACGGGUUCCUACCUGGUAGGCAGCUGGCGGACGCGGUGUCGGUGGUCGCGGAUGCCAUAGAAGCAGGAGCGAAUGGGAAAGAGGACUGGUACCUGAUGAUGAUUGAUUUUCAAAAGGCUUUUGACUCAAUCUCGCGGGACUACCUCUUUGACACGUUGCGGAAGCUGGGUUUGCCAGAGGUUUUCGUAUCCUGGACAGAGGGGCUGCACAAAGACGCGGGGACGUGCCUGCACAUCAAUGGCUGGACAGGAGACAGGGUGGCGGUGGAGAAGGGAGUGCGCCAAGGCUGCCCGCUGGCGCCGUACCUCUUCCUCUGUGCAGUAGAGCCGCUGUGCCAAGAGUUUAAUCGGAAAAAGCUGGGAAUCGGGAAGCGAGGUGUGGGCACGCUAGCAUACCUGGGUUACGCUGAUGAUACAUCACUGUUACUGCGCGGAGCAGAGCAGCUGGAAGCAGCGGCGGAUGUUCUGACAGUCUUCGGAAGAGAGUCAGGGCUGGUGAUGAACGAGGGGAAAACGGUAGUCUUCCCGCUGGGGAAAAACCGUGGGAAGCCGCCACCGCACAACCUGCGUUACAAAUGGGCGGACAAGGAGGAGCCGGAGCGACUGUUGGGGAUCUGGAUCACGCUGAAUGGUGACCCAACUCCAUCCUGGAACAAAGCAUUGGGCAGGGCGAAGGGAGAGUUAGCAAAGUGGGAGAUGCAACACCCGACGACAUCGGCGAGAGUGACGAUAAUCAACAGCUACAUCACUCCGAUUUUUCUUUUCCAGGCACAAAUAUACCUGCCGCCGGAGGCCAUCUGGAAGAAGAUUCGCAAGAUCUGCCACACCUUCGUCUCGAAGGGAGAAGCAGCGGAGGAGAAACGCUUCAUCCUCUGGAACUAUCAACUGGUCUGCACACCGCGGAAGGGCGGGGGGCUGGGUCUGAUUUGCCCCGAGCAGAGGGUCAACAGCAUCUCCAUUCGGAACGUCUGCCGUCUGAUGCUGCGGCCGAGCUCCGUCAAGAAGUGGCUGGCGGAGAGGGCGGCGGAGAUGCCCCUGGGGCUGGACACAAUCUUCGCGCACAAAUCGCUGCUAGACCACUAG